AUCUCAUUCAUUUCCCUUGCUCCACUCCCAACAAUUCCCCAUCACCAACGAAGGUGGCGGCAUCGACCCCACCAAAACCCCUGUUUACAUCGUCCACGUGGAGAAGCCUCACCGCAUCUCCAGCCGUCCACUUCGAUUACGCGACCUCAAAAAUUGGUACAUGUCUUUUCUGCCAAAUGCUACCCUCGCCUCCGGCGAACCUCGGAUGAUAUACACCUAUCGUGAAGUCAUCACCGGCUUUGCAGCCCGCUUAACCCCCGAAGAAGUCGAAGCAAUGGAAUCCCUUGAUGGCUUCAUCCAAGCUAACCCAGAACGAGAACACUAUGCUUCCACAACCUACACCCCCACCUUCCUUUCCCUUAAAGGAAAACCAUCGAACACCCUAUGGUAUGACUCUUCCAUGGGCGCCGGUCAAAUUAUCGGUGUCAUCGAUAGUGGCAUCAACCCAUAUCAUCCCUCCUUCAAUGACCAUGGGAUGGCCCCUGCUCCUCUAAAGUGGAGUGGCAAAUGCUAUUGGAGAAAUGCACGUAUUUGCAACAACAAGCUCCUCGGAGCCGUCGCAUUUCGUUAUAGAGUUUACUCUAACCCGUACGACAAUGAUGGCCAUGGCACCCACGUUGCUAGCACAGCAGCUGGAAAUUUCGUCAAUAAUGCCAAUGUGAUCGGGCAGGCUGCCGGUGGCGGGGCCAGCCUCUGGCAUGGCCCCACGUGCUCAUCUUGCUAUUUAUAA